AUGACGCUUGAUGCCUCCUUCGGUGAACCGCCUACAAGCACUCGCUCAUCUGCCUUCGCAGGCACACAUGCAACAAGAUUUUCUGUCUGCUUCCGGCUCAUUCUUGUCGCCAUGCUAGGUGUUAGCAGGUGUAGCCCUCGAAAUUUGCUGACAUCUCCUCGCUGGCGCGAACAGUUCUCUGGUCUCCUUCCUUUCUAUGUGCAAAUUGGCUUUCGGCAGUAG